AUGGGCAGUCGAGGUGAUGUCCCACCGAAAAGAAAGGAAUUAGCCUGUGAGCUCCACCAGCUAGCUAGCCUAGGAGUCCGCUUAACGGAUUCGGGCAAUGCAGGAGUUACUGUUCAUAACCCAACUGUUUUAUCCCUAUACAUGAAAGUAAAAAGGCGCCAAUAUGAAGAUCCCAAAUUGAGCUAUUAUAGAGAUACACUUCCCCAAAAGGAGAAGUCACCAUUUGAGAUCUCUGCAGGUGGGAUUCUUAGGUAUCGAAGCAGGCUAUGUGUUCCGGAUGUUGCGAGAUUACGCCGUCAGAUUCUGGAAGAAGCCCAUUACUCUCGUUAUUCCGUUCACCCAGUAGCGAUAAAGAUGUACCAUGAUCUCAAAUUAAUGUAUUGUUGGGAAGAAAUGAAGAGAGAUAUAGCGGAGUUUGUGGCUCAAUAUCCAAAUUGUCAACAAGUAAAAAUUGAGCACCAAAAACCAGCGGGGCUCUUGCAAGCAAUGAAAAUUCCAACCUGGAAACUCACAAAAUCAGCACACUUUCUGCCAGUCAGAUCUACAUAUUCAGUAGAGGACUACGCCAGAUUGUAUCUUAAAGAGAUAGUGAGACUUCAUGGCAUUCCAGUGUCCAUCAUUACUGACAUAUGA